AUGAGCACAAAAACACAAACCAAAGAUGAUGAGGAGCUGUUUGCGCUGAAGGUAUACGAAAAGUACAAGAAUAAACAGUACGAGUUAGAAAUACUAUGUAGAGAGGAGCAGCAGUGCAUUAAGGACAUAAACAUACUGAAGAGCGAGUUGCUGCGUGCAAAGGAAGAAAUAAAGCGUGUGAAAAGCGUGCCUUUGAUAAUGGGCCAGUUUCUGGAGGCAAUUGACAAGCAGACCGCAAUUGUUGGCAGUACCACAGGCAGUAACUCGGUUGUGAAGAUCCUGAGCACGGUCGACAAAGAACUCUUAAAGCCUAACACCACCGUGGCGCUGCACAGGCACUCAUCGGCCAUUGUUGAUGUUUUGCCACCUGAUGCCGACUCUAGCAUACCUGUGAUGAUGGAGGCACAGCGGCCCACCGUUACCUACGAUGAUGUGGGCGGUCUUGAAACCCAAAAACAGGAGAUAAUAGAGACGGUUGAAUUGCCUCUCAAACAGUUUGAACUGUACAAGCAGAUAGGAAUAGAUCCUCCACGGGGAGUGCUCUUGUACGGACCACCUGGAACCGGGAAGACAAUGUUGGUGAAGGCGGUGGCGAACAAGACAAAAGCAACGUUCAUACAGGUGAACGGCUCGGAGUUUGUGCAGAAGUACCUCGGAGAAGGCCCAAGAAUGGUGAGAGAUGUGUUCAGGCUUGCAAGGGAGCAGGCUCCCUCGAUAGUGUUCAUCGAUGAGGUCGAUUCAAUCGCGACCAAGCGGUUUGAUGCAGCCACGAGCGCAGAUCGAGAGGUGCAGAGAGUACUUUUGGAGCUUCUGAAUCAGAUGGAUGGCUUUGAGGUGACGGUCAAUGUGAAGGUCAUUAUGGCGACCAAUCGUGCAGACAUUCUGGAUCCAGCACUGCUUAGGCCCGGUCGCCUAGAUAGGAAAAUCGAGUUUCCGAUGCCUGACAAGAGACAGAAACGGCUUGUUCUGAACGCAAUCACCAACAAGAUGAACCUAUCUGAUGAGGUUGAUCUUGAAAGCUUUGUUAACAGGCCUGACCGCCUGUCAUGUGCUGAUUUGAACAGCAUAUGCCAGGAGGCAGGGAUGCUUGCGAUACGGAACGGCAGGUACGUCAUUCUACAGAAGGACUUUGAGGAGGCGUACUCCAAGGUUGCUGAUCGAAAGGUUUCUGGUCCGUUGCUUUACAACUGAGUGUGUUAAAUAAAGAGCCUUAUGUCCA